CACUCACUCAAUUAAAAGUAUCAAGCCAACUCAGAACUAAAGUUCAAAAACACACUCUGCUUUUCACAACUGAAAUAGAAAAUCUACCUACAUAUAUGAAUAAUUCACUGUUAUACUCGGAUGAAGCUAGCUCAUCUCAAUCUACCGAAUACUCAUCAAACACCGAAAGCACUGCAAAUUGCAACGACAUUACUCAAAUUUCGCAUGAAGUUUUGCUAGCCUCAAGAAAUCCGAAGAAGCGGUCCGGGAGGAAGAAAUUUAAGGAGACGCGCCACCCUGUUUACAGAGGAAUCAGGCGUAGAAAUUCAGGCAAGUGGGUUUGCGAGGUUAGAGAGCCUAUCAACAACUCUCGAAUUUGGCUCGGGACUCAUCCCACUGCUGAAAUGGCUGCUCGAGCUAACGAUGUUGCAGCCAUUGCGCUCAGAGGUCGAAAUGCCUGUCUUAAUUUCGCAGACUCUGUGUGGAGGCUGCCAAUUCCUGCUUCUAAUGAUGUUAAAGACAUUCAGAUAGCUGCGGCCAAGGCAGCAGAGGCCUUUAGGCCAAAAAAAAUUGAAAAGACGAUAGAAUCGAGUCCGAUUAAGGCACUCGUAUCUGAAGAAAAUGAUGAGGUGUUAUUCAUGGAUGAGGAAUUGCUAUUUGGAAUGCCUCAAUUCAUCAAACACAUGGCCCAGGGAAUGUUGCUUCCUCCUCCACAAUAUCUACAAAGUGAUAGAUGCUAUGGGGACGAUGACUUGGAAUAUGCUACCGAUAUGUCUUUGUGGUGUUAAACUAUAUUUUGAUGAACACAUGCACUGCAAACUUACCAGUGUUAGAUUGGAACUUGGAAGUACCAGCGGAUUUACAUAAAAUUGUGUUUAGGGAUAUAUAUUUCAUUUCAAAUUUUAGAUUAUAGAUUUCACAUCUUGUUAUCUCUAUGUAUCCGGGGCUUUUUUUAUCCCGGAGACUGAAUAUUAGAAGCUGUUUUGUUUAAACAAAGGAAUGACGGUCUCGUGUUUUUUGUCAA